AUGCGCGCUCUUCUAACCAUCAUUUUAUUCGCAAUUUUUUUCGCCGACGCCGUUUCGUCAGUGGAAAAAGACUGCACCUGUGCGCCGAGCAAAUCUCACGAAUUGGCCGACAACGACGAUCAAAAGAAAAUCGAUUUGCACAAAGUGGUCCGUAAAAUAUUGCGCGACGUUAACAAAAAAUAUCAUCAAAGAACUCCUGGUUUCGCUCAAUCGGAAACAUCAAAUAGCGCGAAAAUGUCGGGAAUUGAAGUCGCACUCCGCAAGCUGGAAAACACAGUGAACGAGGAGAAGCCGCAUGUCGCAAAGACAAUCGUCAAGGAAUAUCCGCGAUUCGAGUUCAAGAAGAGCUCGUCGAAGUUGAAGAACGCCGAUGAGAAGAAGGCGAAUGAAGGCACCGAUUACUAA